UCUCAUGUGUAUGUGACAGCGAGAUUCCUCUGAGAGAAGGAGAGAGGAAGAGAGGGAGAGAGAGGGAGGAUUGAUUCUUCCCUUUGUUGGACUCCUAUUCAUCUUCAGCAAGGAGGGCAACUGUGCAGCAACAGCAAGUGCAGAGCCUGAAGUUCUCGAAAAGGAAGUCUAUGUUAAGAGAUGAAACAUUGUGUUCCUGAUUGGAAAAUGGAGGGUGGCUCUACACCGUUUCAUGAUCUCCAUCCUGCAACAAAUCAAAAGAGCUGUUUUGGACAAGAGAGCGACUUAAUAGAGCUUUUAUGGGAAAAUGGGAAAGUGGUGUUGCACAACCAAACCACUCGUCGACCCGCAGUGACCAUUGCUGAAUCUAAACAAGCUCAGAAGUCAGAAACCUCAUUAAAAUGGGGGGUUUCUGUCGAGAAUUCAAGCAAUUCAAUUCAAGAAGAUGAGACGGCUUCGUGGUUGCAGAGUCCUUUAGAGGAGCCACUAGAUCAAGAGUUCUCAGAAUUCUUCUGCAAUAUGUUGAAUGCUGAAUCUAAUGUAAAUGAAAAGUCGAACAAAGGAGAUAAAUGCGUGAAAUUUAGUUCUAGAAAAGAUUGUGAUGCUUGUUAUAGGUUACCCGGCCUUCAUCCUAACCACAGCAUGAUGCUUCCUCCGAAACCACUGGAUUUCGUUUCCACGGAAGAUUCUGUGAGUUUAGAGAAUGGUGAUGUCUCGAAAAUGGGAGAAUUGUCGUCAAUGAGAACGAUGGAAUCGAGCAUUUGUAGAAGUAAUGAAGAUCAAAAUCAGGUUGAGGCAAUCCAUACUUCAAGCAAUGAUGGAGCAGUGAAAGAGUGCUCUCAGUUGGGAUCAGUUCAAAAUUGUAGUCAAGCAAUCACAUUUGAUCCAAUGGUUGCUUCCUCAUCAGGCGGUUCUGGUUGUAGCUUAGGGAGAGUAGGAAAGGAAAGCAAGAGCCACAAGAGGAAGGGAAGAGAUUUUGAAGAAUCUGAAUGCCAAAAUGAGGAUGUUGAGCAAGAACCAAUUUUAGAGAAUAAACAAGCUCAUAGAACUGCACCUUCACGAAGAAGUCGUGCCGCUGAAGUACAUAACCUCUCUGAGCGGAGAAGAAGGGAUAGAAUUAAUGAAAAGAUGAGAGCUUUGCAAGAGCUGAUUCCUCAUUGUAAUAAGACAGAUAAAGCAUCAAUGCUAGAUGAAGCAAUUGAGUAUUUGAAGUCGCUCCAGUUACAAGUUCAGAUAAUGUGGAUGGGAAGCGGCAUGAAUUCAUUGAUGUUCCCUAGUGUUCAUCCUCCAUUACCAUCAAUUCCAAGUCCAGUUCAGUUCUUAGGAUCCACUCUAAGUAAUGAAUCUAUAUCGUCGAUCUCUACGCCGAAUCCGUUCUCUUCUCCAGGAUUAAAUCCGCUCAACCUUCGUAAUCAGUUACCGGAUAUUCGUUUUCCUGUGCCAUUUUCACACUGUCUUGGCUUCUUUCCUCGCAUGGAGCUGCCAACUCAGGUGAUGGGAAUGUAUGGCUAUGGAUCACAAGUGAUGCAUCAGAAUCACACAACUGCUGCAACAGUUGAUGGAAGCCCCAUGCCUACAGUAGGAGCUCCAUCUGAAGACAUUCAAAGUGGUCAAAAGGGCUAACAUAAAAAAAAGCGAGUUUGAAGAACACGGAUUAAAACUCAUGGCUCUUCAAAUCGAUGGUGGAGGACCCAAAGCUUACAAUUAGAUGAAAAUUGCUUGCGAGUUUCGUCAAUAACCAGUCGGAUCCUUCGCUUCUCAUUCGUGUUCCGCUUCUAUGACAUAACUUUCUAAAGGUCAG